CGCAGAGUGAAUGCCACGUACUGGUUGACGUCGCCAGUCCGGACGACGCUUCCUGAUGCUGCCGCCCGGCUCUAGCUAGGCUAGCUAACAUCUGUGAUUUUUCACGGUUUGGAUAAACCUGUGAAAAUACAGCCUGGUCAAGUCGUCUGAUUCAGUGGCGGGAGCAGCAGAGGUCGGACGGCACCAUGAACGGCCAGCUGGACUUGAGCGGGAAGCUGAUCAUCAAAGCCCAGCUGGGCGACGACAUCCGGCGCAUCCCCAUCCAUAAUGAAGACAUCACCUACGACGAGCUGGUGCUCAUGAUGCAGCGUGUUUUCAGGGGAAAGCUGCAGAGCAACGACGAGGUCACCAUCAAAUACAAAGACGAAGACGAUGACCUGAUCACCAUCUUCGACAGCUCUGAUCUCUCCUUCGCCAUCCAGUGCAGUAGAAUCCUCAAACUGACUUUGUUUGUGAACGGUCAGCCGCGGCCUUUGGAGUCCAGUCAGGUGAAGUACCUGCGCCGGGAGCUCAUCGAGCUCAGGAAUAAAGUCAACAACCUCCUGGACAGCCUGGAGCCGCCCACAGAGCCCGGACUGGCUGCCACAGCGCCCGACAGCGAUUCAGCGGAUGGCCGCGAGGGCAAAGUGGCGGCGGCGGACUCCACGGUGAAGCACGCCACUCCGGUGAGCGCGGCCAGCAUGUCGGCCUUCGACCCCUUAAAGAACCAGGACGAGGUCAGCAAGAACGUCAUCUCGGCGUUCGGCCUGAGCGAGGACCAGGCUGCAGCUCCCCCUGCAGGCGCGCCGGAGGAGCGCUCGGGAACGCCCGACAGCAUCGCGUCGUCCUCGUCCGCCGCGCCGCAGCCUGGAGUUCCCCCACAGCCACAGGCGCCCUACCCCGGCGUGCAGCAGGGACCCCCGGCCGGCAUGGACGGUCAGGUGUACCCGCAGUACCAGGCCCCGGGCGGAUACCCGCCUCAGCAGCCGGGCGCCCCGCUGCAGCAGCAGCAGUACGCCAUGCAGUACCCAGCGGGAUACAGCGCUCAGCCCGGAGCCCCCCAGCCCGGCCCCCCGCAGCCCCCCCAGCAGCAGCAGUUCCAGAGCUACGCCCCUCCCUCCUCCCAGGCGGCGGCCCCUGGCCAGGCCCCGGCCGCAGGCUUCCAGGCGGGGGCCCAGCAGCAGCAGCAGCAGCAGCAGCAGCCCCCGCCUCAUCCAGCUCAGGGUGCCCAGCAGUACCCCCCCGGAGCCUUCCCCCCCCAAAACUACACCUCCCAGGCCUCCCAGCCCGCCAACUACAGCCUGCCGCCCACCUCCCAGCCCGGCCCGGGGUACCAGCCCCGCCCGGGAUACACCCCGCCUCCAGGCAGCACCGUCACCCCCCCACCCGGAGCUGCUAACCCCUACGCCCGCAACCGCCCCCCGUACGGCCAGGGCUACACCCAGCCGGGCCCGGGGUACCGGUAAGCCAGGAUAGCGGGCGAUGCUGAUACAGCCCCCCGACCCCCCCACCCCUCCCCCCUACCCACCCUGAAAGUGGCUCCAACUGUUCGAACCGGGUGCAGCGAGCUGAUUGACCGCUCUGCACCCCCUCUCUUACAAAUAUCAAGUCCAAAUAGAAAACAAGCAGCCCCCCCUCUGCCCCCCCAGUCCGAUGGUUAGUGUUUGUACUCUGUCUCUCCAACACCUCACACUGUGCUGGCCUCGCUGUUCUUACCCCCUUUGUGUUUACCCCCCCGUCCUCCUCUCCUGACACCCCCAGUCUGCCCUCUCGUACCUGUCAGUGUAGGAAUGUAUCCAGUCUGCGCACACACACACGCACACACACACACACACACACCUGGGAGACGAACACAGGCUGCUGCUGUGUCGUCUGCAGCGGCGCUCUCUCAGCCGACACUCAUGAGACGCCGUCUCGGUAAAGAAUUCACCCCGCAGCCCUUCUUCCUUUUUUUUUUUUUUUUUUUUUUUUGUUUUGUUUUGUUAUUAUUGUUGAUUGUUUCUUGAUCAACGCGUCGCCACCGUGUCGGUAUUAAUGAUGUGUGGAAGAACCUGCUGCUCGUCGGGAACACUAGCUGCGACGGCUGAUGGGAGGUCUGACAUCCUGACAUGAAGGCUCCUUCUCUCCGGCGUCUUACCGCCUCCACCUCGGCUUGCUCCUCCUUUCUUUCUCUUAUCACUGGUUUUUACUAAUAUAUCAAAUCAGAUUCCACCUCCAUGUGAGAUUAGUUGUUUAUGUAUAAACUGUAACUUUUUUUUUUUUUUUUUUCUUGAACCUAAUAAAUGAUUGAGACCCAGUUGGA